AUGGAUAAUUCGGGACCAAGGAAGCGCCGACGUCCAGCUCUCUCCUGUGUUUCAUGCCGACGCCGGAAAGUCAAGUGUGACCGCAAAACCCCUUGCGGGCAGUGUAUGCUGCUCCCUAACUCAAAAUCAUGCACCUAUACCGAUGACGACUGCACCAUUCUAUACGAGCAGUCCCCUCGACCAGAUACAGAAAUUUCGCCUCAAGUCUCUAAAUUGGAGUCGGGGAUUUUAAACCAAUCACGCAACUCGACUUGUGGCGAACACCAAGCGCCCGGAGAAGACGUCAGCUUGGCUCAACGCGAAUCCCACAAAGACGCUCGUCCUCAACAACCACAAAACAACAUUGAAACAAUCCCUUCAGCACCAGAGUCACAAAAACAGCUCUCUGCUCCUACUAGCAUUCUGGGUACUAUGUCAAAGACACGAAUAUUUGGUCGUGGGCAUUGGAUGAGCUCGCUUUCCUCAGCGGAAAGACUGCGCUCAACCCUUGACCCGCUCAGUAUAGGAGUUUACACGCCACAGCAACCGACUAACGAUCCAUCUGGACUCUACGAUGUGGUGAGGAAAUGCAAACAGCUAGCUCGCGAUAUAAAGUCGCAACGUCCUAGUCGAAGUCCGCUAUCCAUAGAUGUAUAUCAAACAUUGCCUAACCAUGCGGUCACCGAGGAGCUCGUGCAAUUGUACUUCGACUCCUUUGAAUCAUGUUUCCGAAUUCUUCACCGGCCUUCGUUCCGACAAGAAUAUGAAGCGUACAAGAAAGGUCCCGAAACCGCCAGCGACUCUUUUAAAGUUAAACUUCUGCUCGUGAUGUCCAACGCUGCCUUUUUAUACGAUGAUGCUGCAGGGAUACAAACUCAGCUGCGUGACAAAGCCCGUCGGUGGAUUCAAAUCUCUCAAAAUUGGCUUUCAGCCCCUAUCGAAAAAGAUCGUCUGACACUUGAUGGAUUACAAGCUCAUUGCCUGCUGCUUCUCGCUCGCCAAGUAAACUGUGUCGGGCCGGAUCUGGUCUGGAUUGCAGCUGGUUCAUUGAUGCGCAUGGCAAUACAAAUGGGCUUGCAUCAAGACCCAGACAGAUUGGGCGAAAUGACACAUUUACAGGGAGAGAUCCGUAGGAGACUGUGGUACACGAUCAUGGAGAUAAACUUACAAGCUUCAUUGGACUCGGGGAUGCGACCGAUGGUCACUACUGAAGACUUUGACACCAGACCACCGGCUAAUUUGAAUGAUGAAGACCUGGAGAAGUUAAAGUCGGGGUGUUCCUGGGGUUCCGAUUCGGCGCCAACAAGAACUUCUUUCCAAUGCAUCCUAGCAAAUUCAAUUGCUUUAAGGCUGGAAGCUACUAAAGUUAUCAAUGUGAUGCGGAAGGAACCUGCUUAUGAUCAUGUUCUUGAUCUCGGAAAGGAGCUAAUGGUGGCCUGUCGCAAUGCGACUAUCGCCAUCGAUGCGCAUAAAUUGGCUGCCAAAGGUCUAUGGCGAAAUGAUUUUCCAUAUACCUGCUGUGAUCAUCUUCACCGUCGAUUCCUAUUAUGCCUCCAUCUUCCCUACGCAGUGAAAGCAGCGCAGAAUCCGAUGUACACAUUCUCUUCAAAGGUAGGUCUAGAAGCGGCCCUUGAUAUAGUAUCACUCCUCGAGGAUGAUACUUACCGUCGGUUGAUGCUUGUCGGGGGUGGCAUGUUCCGAGAUGUUUUGACACGGGCUGCGAUGUUGAUAUUUUUGGAAUUGAUCUCACAGCUGGAGAACGACAGUUCCUCAUUUGCCAAAAUGCGCAAUCAAGAACGCAGAGAACCUUUGCUCAAAAAUGCGAGGACAGUUGUCCAGUAUGCACAAGAUCGACUUUGGUAUGGCGAGACCAAUGUGAAAGCCUAUAUGUUCGUAAGCGUGACAUUGGGUCAGGUGAAUGCCAUGCUCACGAACUCAUCUAUAAAAGAUGCCAUUGUCGCGACUGCCCAUGAGAAUAUUAUCAUAGCAGGCGAUAUACUGCGAACUAGAGCUGCUAGUCUGCUCCCGGGAACGGCUAUGGAUCCUGAUUUAGCAUAUGGAACUGUCGAUGAGGCAAAUUCCUUAGCCUUGCUCGAGGAUAUUGACUUAGACUUCAUGGGCGAGGGAAACAUUGAUUCUGGGGUUGCAAGCUCUUGGUUUUUACAGCAUUGGGGGAGUACAACAUAG